AUGUCAGAUUCGGAGGCUGUGGAAGAAGUGGCAAGCACAGAGUUUGUGCCUCCGGAGGGAGAAGAAGAAGGAGAAGGUAGCUUCUUGGGAAGCAUCUGUUCCCAGAAAUCCUUGGGAAAUCUUGACCCUUCCGAUAGAACAACAAAAGCAAGAAGAGUCAAGAACAAUAACUGGUGCCUCCAGAAACCUGACAUAAUGAUUAUGAGUGCUGAUAUUACUACCACUCUCUACUCAGGAACUGCAUAG